AGAAAGGAACGGAGGGGGAGCGGCGCGGGCGCCUACGGAGGCCGCAGAGGGACACGCCGAGCCGGAGGCUGCAGGAUGAUGCGAUUCAUGCUGCUGUUUAGCCGGCAGGGAAAACUUCGGCUACAAAAAUGGUACCUGGCCACAUCAGACAAGGAACGGAAGAAAAUGGUGCGGGAACUCAUGCAGGUUGUCCUGGCUCGCAAACCCAAGAUGUGCAGCUUCCUGGAGUGGAGGGAUCUCAAAGUUGUCUAUAAGAGAUAUGCCAGCCUCUACUUCUGCUGUGCCAUCGAGGGCCAAGACAACGAGCUCAUCACGCUGGAGCUCAUCCACCGAUACGUGGAACUCCUGGACAAGUACUUCGGCAGCGUAUGCGAGCUGGACAUCAUCUUCAACUUCGAGAAAGCCUACUUCAUCCUGGAUGAGUUCCUGAUGGGCGGGGACGUGCAGGACACCUCCAAGAAGAGCGUGCUGAAAGCCAUCGAGCAGGCUGACCUUCUGCAGGAGGAGGACGAAUCGCCGCGCAGUGUGCUGGAGGAAAUGGGUCUGGCAUAGCCCCUGCUGCCCGGCCCUGUGAGAUGAGGGAGCCCAGGAAAGAGCCUUCACCCACCUUCCCUCCCACCCCACCCCUGCCCCGCCUUUCUCUUGGUGGGACCCAGCUGUCCCUCCUCGGCCACCUCACCUCUGGAAGGGGCUGUGGGCCCAGGCCCUUGAAGCAUUCCCUCCCGCCACCACCUGCCAUUCCCACUGAAGAAAUGUGACCCAGACAGGGGGUGCUAUUUGGCUUCCAUUCCCUGCCUUUGAAGAACCAAUGUUAUUCCCCCCCCACCCCAAAAAAAAAUAUCUUCCCU